AUGUACAGAGUGAGGAAGGAUCCAGGAUUGACGAUGGUGAUUCUAACCACUAAGCUUGUACAGAGAGCGUCACUCUUUGUAGCUUUCGGUGGCCUCGUCACAACGUUCAUCACCACAUUUUUGCCACUGUGGAAGACGAUGAACUCGGAGCUGAAUGAGAUGGAGAACUGGUACGAAGGUCUGUGGCACACUUGCAUUUUCACAGAGGAAGUGGGUCUCCAUUGUAAAGCCUUCGAGUCUCUCCUCGCCCUGCCUCCAGUCACACUUGCUUCAAGGAUUCUCAUGUGUAUAUCCAUUGCGACUGGGUUCCUCGGCGUGUUGGUGGCGUUUUUUGGACUCGAUGGUGUUGAGAUCGGGGCCGGUCGUGACAGGUUAAAGAAAGGACUCCUCAUCCUUGGUGGUGUGCUGAUCUGGGUGUCAGGAAUCACAACUCUGGCCCCGGUUUCACUGAUAGCAUACGUGAUGGUGGUGGAGUUCUGGGAUGAGGGUCUUCCUGAUGUGAUGCCACGCUGGGAGUAUGGGGAGGCCAUGUUCUCCGCCUGGUUCUCAGGACUUCUGCUGGUCAUUGGAGGAUCGUUUCUUUUCGUCGCAGUGUGCAUGAAGGACCACGAAGCCAAGCAGCAAAGGAAAAUCUUCUCACCUACUCAUGAACUUCAACCAAGGACUCAGCACUACCUAAAGACCGAGGUCUUAUAG